AUCAUUCGGCGUGGUUCAAAGUAACUGGACAUUCUUUAAUUGUACUCUCAAAAGUGAACCAACGCCCACGGUCUUCUCCUCCGUGAAACCUCAGAAACUAAAGAAAUAAAAAGAGCUUCCUGUGAGUUAAAUUCUGCUAAAUGAAGACGAGUUUUAAGGAAACUAGAGAUGGAUUUACAGAGAUUUACAGGAGAGAGAUGGGCUUGUCUCGGCCCAGAGACGUAACUCGCCGGCUUUCUUCUUCAGAGGGGCUGGUGAAGCAAAUUGAUCUUCAUGGGAAGUUAAAUGGUCAUGAGGGUUGUGUGAAUGCAGUAGAAUUCAACUCUACUGGGGACCUUCUUGUGUCAGGUUCUGAUGACAAACAUGUUAUAUUUUGGACUUGGAAAACUGGAAGCAAAUUGUUCUCAUAUCCUUCUGGACACUUCGAUAACAUAUUUCAGACACGAAUUAUGCCUUUCACUGAUGAUUGUAAAAUAGUAACUUCUUCUGCUGAUGGCCAGGUGAGGCUUGGACAAGUUUCAGAGGACGGCCAAGUUGAUACAAAAAGGUUGGGGAAGCACCAAGGGCGUGUAUACAAGCUUGCUGUGGAGCCAGGAAGUCCCUACAUAUUAUAUAGCUGUGGUGAAGAUGGUUUCAUCCAACAUUUUGAUCUGCGAAGUAAUAGUGGUACAAGGCUUUUCUAUUGCUCCUCAUUCACAGAAAACAGCAAGCAGCCUCCAAAUAGCAUAAGGUUGAAUGCUAUGGUAAUUGACCCGAGAAAUCCUGUUUACUUUGCUGUAGGAGGUUCUGAUGAAUAUGCUCGUGUUUAUGACAUAAGAAAAUGUAAAUGGGAUGCAUCAUGUAGUUCAGAUAUACCUGUGAACACAUUUUGCCCCUCUCGUCUGAUUGGGAGUAAUAAUAUUCAUAUCACUGGAUUGGCUUACUCAAGCACAAGUGAACUGCUUGUCUCCUACAAUGAUGAGCUCAUUUAUAAGUUUGAGAAGAAUAUGGGAUUGGGUUCCUCACCAUUGUCCAUACCUCGUGAAGACUUACAGAAGGUUGAAGAUCCACCUGUUUACACAGGCCAUAGAAAUUCACAGACUGUUAAAGGAGUGAGUUUUUUUGGCCCCAAUGAUGAAUAUGUCUUAAGUGGGUCUGACUGUGGCCAUAUAUUUGUUUGGAAGAAGAAGGGAGGUAAAUUGGUACGGUUAAUGUUAGGUGACCGGAAUAUAGUAAAUCAACUUGAGCCCCAUCCUCAUUUGCCAAUGUUUGCAACUUGUGGAAUAGAAAGAAGUGUAAAGCUCUGGGCUCCCAUGGCGAGUAAUGUUCCUCCAUUGCCUGACAAUGUAGAAAAGAUUAUGGAGUCUAAUAGGCAGGGAAGAGAGGACCAUUCACGGAUAAAUCUUACUCCUGAUGUUAUCAUGCAUGUUUUGAGGCUGCAGAGGCGGCAAACUUUGGCAUACAUUGAAAGGAGAUACAACAGAGCUGAUGUUGAGAGUGAUGAUGAAGAUGAAGGGGAGGCUUAUGUUUUGGGAUUUUCAGAUAGUGAUGCCUCUUCUGAAGGGGGUGGUAACUCAAGAGAGUGCAACAUUAGCUAGUGUUCAUAGUUUAUUAAGUGAACCCAAUUUUGGUUUUGUGUUUACUUGUAUUAAAUUUCCAUGUACUAAAAUAAAGACGGUUUACAUUCUGCCUGGGGUCGCAUCAUGUUAUGGUUUGAUUGCUUGUAUUUAUUUUUCACAUUUGAAAACUGGUUCUAAAAACAUUUUUAUCAAAAGUACACUUUACAAA